CCAGAAGAGACAUCACACCUGAGAACACCCAUCCGCUCUCCACUUCUCAGCCCCACUCCAGCCCAGACACCCACCAUGACCGGCUCCUGCUGUGGAUCCUUCUCCUCCCAGAGCUGUGGAGGCUGCUGCCAGCCCUGCUGCUGCAGAGACCCCUGCUGCUGCCGCCCAGUGUCCUGCCAGACCACAGUGUGCCGCCCUGUGACCUGCGUGCCCCACUACACCAGGCCCAUCUGCGAGCCCUGCCGCCGCCCCAUCUGCUGUGACCCCUGCAGCCUGCAGCAGGGCUGCUGCCGCCCCAUCACCUGCUGCCCCACCUCUUGCACAGCUGUGGUCUGCAGACCCUGCUGCUGGGCCUCCACCUGCUGCCAGCCCAUCUCUGUGCAGGCUCCCUGCUGCAGGCCCCCCUGCUGCCAGCCUGCCCCCUGCCGCACCACCUGCAGGACCUCCCCCUGCAACACCUGCUGCUGAGUCGAUCAACCUUAACGCUAAGGAUUCCUGGCAGAUGGCCAGGUUCCUGCUGCUGCCACUCAGGACAUCACUUAAAAAAAAAUUGCUUUUUCUUGACAAGUAUGUUCUUAAAAUUAAUUCAACCCAUACAUGAAAGAUCCCUUUUGGGACCCUCCUCUGAUAAAGAACACUGCACCCUCUUUGGACUGUGAUCUAAUACUUACAUCAUACUAUUUUCAAAUAAACUCAACAUUCUCAGCAUAGA